AUGAAAGGGUUUGAUGGGAAUUCGUCCAUCCGUGGAAAGGUGGGGAAUAGUAUUUCUCAGGUCAGCCAACUCAUUCACUCUUCACUGCGUCCGCUGCCCACCCGAACUGGCAACGGCAGUUAUAUCGAUGACACCCCACCCGAACCCGGUUUAAUAGCCGAUUUAAAGAGCGUCGGCAUUAAGGAUAUCGAUACGCUGGUUGAAGUUGUUCGGAAUGCUGCCACGGGAAAACCAGUCAAUGACAAAGAUUAUAUCCUAGAAAGAGUGAUACAGCUCGCUUCAUCUUUACCCUCAAGAUCCCCCAAUGCGGAUAGAUUAAACCAUGCUCUUCUGUCUCUGCUCUGGAACGAUCUCAAGCAUCCGCCAUUGUCAUAUCUUGGUGACCAAUAUGUGUAUAGACAGGCAGAUGGUUCGCAUAAUAAUGUCCUUUGGCCGCAAAUUGGUGCUGCGGGCUCCUCAUAUGCAAGGACUGUGCCACCGAAAUCGAUACAACCAACUGUACUUCCAGACCCGGGUACACUCUUCGAUAGCCUCUUGGUUAGGAAAAGGUUUGAACCUCAUCCUAAUAGAAUAUCAAGCAUGUUGUUCUACAUGGCCACUGUCAUUACCCAUGACUUGUUUCGCACUGACCGUCAGGACAACACCCGCUCCCUUACUUCCUCGUACCUUGAUCUUUCCCCUCUAUACGGUAGUAAUCAGGAAGAGCAGAAUGCAGUCCGCACCUUCAAGGGCGGGAAGCUAAAGCCAGACUGCUUUUCGAACAAGGGAAUUCUAGGAUUCCCCCCAGGUGUCGGCGUGCUUCUUAUAAUGUUUAACCGGUUCCAUAACUAUGUUGUUGAGAAUCUCGCUGUGAUCAACCAAGACGGUCGUUUCACCAAACCAGAUGUGCUUAAUGCUAAGGGUUACUCCAAAUACGACAAUGACCUUUUCCAAACCGGACGCCUUAUCACAUGUGGCCUAUACAUAAAUCUAAUUUUAAAAGAUUACGUGCGAACUAUUCUCAACGUCAACAGGGCCAAAAGUGAUUGGAGUCUUGAUCCCCGUUUAGAAUCUACAAAAGGUCUGUUUUGUACAGAGAUUAACGAGGCAAGCGGCAACCAGGUAUCUGCGGAAUUUAACUUGAUAUAUCGCUGGCAUUCAUGUAUUUCAGAGCGCGACGACAAAUGGAUCCAAGGUGUUUUAAAAGAGCUCUUUGGCGAUAGUAAGGACCUGAGGAAUAUCACUUUUUCUGAAUACUUGCGGGUUCUUGAAAAAUGGGAGGCAGGACUUUCUGAGGAUCCUCCGAAGCGACCUUUCGCAAAUCUGGAGCGUGAGCCCAAUAGUUUGUUCAGCGAUGACGACCUGGUUAAUAUUCUUGCGGAAAGCAUCGAAGACUGUGCGGGUCGGUUUGGCGCUUCACAAAUACCUCCCGUCCUCCGGGUUGCGGAAAUCCUGGGUAUCAAGCAAGCGCGAUCAUGGAGACUUUCGAGUCUCAAUGAGUUUCGCAAAUAUUUCAAUCUCAAGCCCCACGAAACUUUCGAAGACAUCAACUCUGACCCCUACAUUGCUGAUCAACUCAAGCAUUUGUAUGAUCAUCCCGACAACGUUGAACUCUAUCCUGGUGUCAUUGUCGAGGAGGCAAAGGCACCCAUGGUACCUGGCAGUGGCCUCUGUGCGAGUUUUACUAUUUCUCGGGCAAUUCUUUCCGAUGCCGUUGCCUUGGUGCGCGGUGACCGCUUCUAUACAGUGGAUUAUUGUCCAAAGAAUCUAACAAACUGGGGCUUUAGGGAAGCAAACUUCGACAACUCUGUUGACCAGGGUCAUGUGUUUUAUAAACUAUUCCUUAGGGCUUUUCCAAAUCACUUCAAAUCGAAUUCAGUUUAUGCACACUUCCCGCUAGUGAUCCCGGGUGAAAACAAAGAAGUCCUUACGAAAUUGGAUCUUGUAGGGAAUUAUUCAUGGGAUAGGCCAGCCAGAAUUCAACAUCCAAUUAUGAUCGAGUCGUACGCUGCAUGCGAUGCAAUCCUAAAAAACCAAAGGGAUUUUAAAGUUACAUGGGGUGAAGCCAUCGAGUUUUUAAUGCAUAAAGGGGCCAAACCGUUUGGCAGAGACUUUAUGCUGGCUGGAGAUGAUCCAGCCAACGUAGCUUCGAGGGAGAUGAUGAGAAAGGCGUUAUAUCAAAGAACAUGGGAAGGGGAAGUGAAAAAGUUUUAUGAGCAGAUAUCCCUCAAACUUCUUCACCGCAAAUCAUACAAGAUUGCCGGAGUCAGCCAGGUGGACAUCGUGCGAGAUGUUGCAAAUCUUGCCCAUGUCCAUUUUGCAGCCGCUGUCUUUUCGCUUCCGCUCAAGACAGAGGAGAAUCCACGCGGUAUAUAUACCGAGACCGAAAUGUACGGGAUCAUGGCUCUUGUUUUCACCUGCAUAUUUUUCGAUGCAGAUCCUGCAAAAAGCUUCCCGCUUCGUCAAGCGGCUCGGAAGUUAACUCAACAGCUUGGGGACAUUGUCAUGUUACACGUGCUAUUGAUCAGGCAAACUGGAUUUCUUGCAAGCAUGGCUGGACGGUUAUAUGGAAGUGAUGUGUUGAUGGAGUACGGGGUCCAUAUGAUUCGCCGUUUACUGGCUACGGGAUUGCUCCCGGAGGAAAUUGUCUGGACACAUAUGCUCCCCACGGCAGGGGGAAUGGUAGCAAACCAGGCACAGCUAUUCUCGCAGUGUCUCGAGUACUAUUUGUCAGAGGAAGGUUCUAUCCAUUGGCCUGAAAUCCAUCGGCUGUCGAAGUUAGAUACCGCGGAGGCUGAUGCGCUCCUCUUGAAAUAUGCCCUGGAGGGAGCCCGACUUCGAGGAACGGUAGCUUUGUACCGGGAUGUUGUCACGAAGACUUCAAUCAACGAUGGCGAAAACGAGUUUAAUUUGGAGCCUGGAGACCGGGUCCUUUGUAACUUGGUUCAGGCAUCUAUGGAUCCCAAGAGGUUCCCUGAGCCCAGCAAGGUUGAUUUGACGCGUGACAUUAACUCAUACGUCCACCUGGGACAGGGGCCCCAUAAAUGCUUGGGUUUCGGGAUCUGCAAUGUAGCGCUGUCGACAAUGUUGAAAACGGUGGGGAAACUGGAAAACCUGCGCCGAGCACGGGGCCCUCAAGGUGAAUUAAGGAGGAUUCCUGGACCUGGUGGCAUCAGCAAAUAUUUAAUGGCAGAUUAUACAUCCUACUCUCCCUUCCCAUCCACGAUGAAGGUACAGUGGGAUGGGGAAUUGCCGCUUCUUACGGAGUAA